AAUCAAGUUUUCAACGAGAUGGACAGAGAAACUAAGCAGAACAACCUGGGUUCUCUUACCUCUUUUUCUUCGAAUUGGGUUCCAUCAAAUAGGUCCAUUUCUAAAGGAAGACGCCGCGGACUGAACUUGACUGCUAAGUUAACAGCGACCAAACACAAGAGACACGACUGCUACGAGUCCGUCCAACCGGAAGUUGAACAAAAUUACGAAUCGUUUGAAAGCAUUAAACGAAAGGGCGUUUUGCACGGUCGGUUUCAAGUCUUUGGACAUCAGAAUGUGGGCAAGGAAACGUUGAUAUCAAAUAUACUUCUGAGGGGGUCCAGUGUCAAGCAGGAUAAUUUAGGUUAUCUAACUAUUCACACAAAGGAUGCUAUUAUUUCAUUGAAAAACAUGGAAAAGAAAUCAAAUACGAAUGAUUCCCGUGUAGAAUGCGACGGCGCACUAGCUCCGCCACAACAGGAUGUUUGCGUGGUGAUGUUUUCCCUCAUGAACAGGUCCUCCUUUCAGUACGCCAAACGGAAAGUCCAGGACCUGAGGUGUCAACACAACGGAAAAAUUGCCAUCUUACUCCUUGGGAACAAAGCAGACGCCAUCCAGAGUAGAAGAGUACCUAGCAAAGAAGCCGGUCUUGUUGCAAGAAUCCAUGAAUGUCAGUACUUGGAGACCGCGGUCAUUUAUCCGCAGAGCGUUACAUCAAUCCUGGGUAAACUAAUGGACUCUGUUCAAAGCCGCGACCAGGAGGAGACGUCGGUUUUACGUAACAUUCAAAGAUGUGUGCGACGGUGUUUUCUGCUCCGAUUCUUCAAAAGACUGACGCAAUGAUGACAUCAUACAUCGAAUUAUUUCGUCUGAUAUUUUCAUCGGAAAAUCCAUAAUGAAAAUUGAAUUUUGUAUCUGAAAAUAAAGUUGUUAAUAAUUGCUAAUAAAAUCACUAUAACAUGCGUAA